AUGAAUUUAACUUUAAUUCCUCCUUAAGAGAAAGAUGAAAAUUUGAGAAUGGCUACAAUAUUUGAAUCUCUAUCCCAUCGAAAUUUUUCGAAGUUUAAAGAAAUUUAUCAAAAAAAAUAAAGGAUAUUACAGACUGUUAUGGAAUAUAUUGAUGGUAAUUAUAAUAUUUUACAUUUAGGUGGAGGUUUAACUUAAAAAAUAUAAGAAGCUUAAGGAAUAUAUUUAAUUGAAAUUCAAAUUUAGAUUACAAAGGAAGGAUAAGUUAAAUUAGGAGAUUUUAGAAAUGAAAGAAUUUUCAAGAUAUCAUUUGAACAAUAUAUCAAUAGAAAUAAGAUAUUAGAAAAGUCCUGA